AUGAAUGAACAAAGAUUUAAUUCAAAGAAUCCAUCUUUGUCGAUGGGAUCCUCAUCAGUAUUAGGUAUAUCAAAUCAAUUACCACCAAACUCAUUGUUUCAUUUAUUUGCCAAUAAUAUUAGUGGAUCUUUUACAACCAAUCCUAAUACUUCCACACCGUCGACUUCAACAACAUCGGUACAAACUAGUACAACCUUGGCAUCAACAUCGACACCAUCAACAUCUUCAGGUGUAUCAUCAACAUCUUCAGCUAUAUCUUCAGCAUCCUCAACUACACAACAGACUCAACAACCAUUGCAAACACAACCAUCAUCGACCUCAACAGCUUCAUCAGUUAUUCCAACAUCAGGAUCAACAUCGGUAUCAACAGCUACAACAUCGACAUCAGCAGCAGCAACACAGCAACAGCAACAGCAAAGUCAACAAAAUAUUAUUGUUAUUGAAUCAAAUAAAGAAGAUGAUAAAGAAUGCGGUACAAUUUUAAUGGAAAUUAAUAAAGGAAUAAGAAGUGGUAAUCUAGGUGAACAGGUUGAGUCAAUUUUAUUUUUUAGCCAUUUAAUUAGAUUUCAUCCAUCACCAUUAAUAGUUAACUCUGUCAUAACACGUUUAUCGGAUAUAUUUAGAACUACAACCAAUCUCGUUAAAUAUCGUAUCCUUAAAGUAUUUCAAGAAUGUUCAAAUGAGAUUCAUAAAGUUUCAAAUAUUGAAGAGGUUUUAAAAAGAAUUCAUUCUGUAAUAUUAUCAAAUGACCCAAUUGCAAGAUCAUUAUCAUUAAGAAUUUUAGCAAGUGUUCCUUAUCUAAUUGCCGAUAAGCUAUAUAUUCAUCAUAGCAUAAGAAGUUGUAUGCAAUCUCAUGAUAGGGUUGAGAUUGAAGCAACUAUUUUUAUUAUGGAUAAACUGUGUGAAGUCUCACCAUUAUUUUCAGAUAGUAUCAUUGAAAAAAUUCAUAAAGUUAUUCAAAAUGUUGAAACUCCACCAACUACAAAAUUAAAAUACAUCAAAUUAUUUAGACAUAUGCACCACAGCCAUUCAAUUGCAACUCAAUCAAAAGAUAUGUUGGUUGGUUUAUUAGAUUUGUACCCAUCUGAAGAUUUUGUAACAAUUAUUUUGGAUACAUUAACAAACUUAUCAUUAAAACAUAUUUUAUAUAUCGAUGAUCAUAUUAAAUUUUUAAAUAACUAUGGAUUUUUAGAUCCAAGAAUUAAGGUUAAAGUUAUUACAUUAAAAUGUUUACAAAAAUUAGCAAAAACUUCACCCCAUUCACAAUUUCCAAUUUUAGAAAUUAUUAAAUUACUAAGAGAUACGCCAGAAAAUUAUAAAGAUAUUAAAUAUCACACCUUAUUAUUUUUAUCAAUUUUAUCUUCCUCCUCACCACAAUAUUUAAAUAUUUUACAAAAACAACAAGAAGAUAGCAAUAAUAAUUUAAGUUAUAGUUCAAUAAUUUCAUUACUAUAUCAAUACUCUUUAGAUUAUGAUUUUUCAUUAUCAGAAUUAUCAAUUCAAACUUUAACAAACUUAAUAGUUGAGUCAAAUGGUAAUAAUAAUAAUAAUAAUAAUAAUAAUAAUAAUAAUAAUAAUAAUAAUAAUAAUAAUAAUAAUAAUAAUAAUAAUAAUAAUAAUGAAACUAUUGAACCAAUUCUAGAUCAAUUAUUAAAUAACAUUUGUAUAAUCUUAAAAACCCAAUUUACAAAAAAUUUAAAUAAAUCAAAUAAUAAUACAAUUAAAUUAACAAAACACUCAAUAUUAUUAAAAUCAAUUAUACAACUUGUUUCAAAAUACCCAAAAAUUUUAAAACAAAUUUCAAUAACUAUAGUUUCAAUUUUAAAUGAAAUUCCUUAUGAUAUAAUUAAAUCAUUAUUUCAUUGUUUAUCAAUUUGUAUACCAUUAAAUAAAAAUGUAAUAGAAGGUUCAUUUGAAAAUAUUUUAGCUUAUUUAAAUCAAAUUAUUAUAAAUGAAAAUAGUAGCCAGUUAAUUAACAAUUUAAACGAAUUAACCAAUGAUAGCAAAGCAUAUACAUCAUCAUUACCAAUGCCAAUAUUUGUUUGUAUUUUUAGAUCCUUCGACAAUAAUAUAGAAAAAAUUGAAAAAAUUACAAAUUUAAUUAUACCAACUAUUGAAUAUAUUUUUGAUAAUCCAAAGCAAGGACAACUAUGGUGUUUAUAUAAUUUAGCACAUUUGGCCCAAAGAUAUGGUUUUCAUCUAUUAGCUCAAACAAUUUAUUCAAAUUUAAUAUAUAGGGUCGAAUCUGAAUAUAAUUAUUUAUGGUUAAAAAGCUUAUUAUCAAUUUCAACAUUAGAAAAUGAAAUCUCUCAAUCAUUAAUUUGUGGUGAUGGUGACAAUUUCUCAAAAAUAUUUAAGCAACUUUCAAAUUAUCAUACUGUAAUUUUAACAAUUAAAGCUUCCUCAACUUUAGAAAGAUCAUUACAAUUUCAGGAAGAAUUUAUACUUUUAAGAGAAAAAUAUUUAUUUAAUUUAUUAAAUUUAAAAGUUUUAUUAUUACAAAAUAAUAAUAAUAAUAAUAAAGAUAAAAUUGAAAUAGAGACUAAUAAUAACCAAAAUAAUUUAAAAAAUAAAUAUCAAAUCAAAUUAUUACAAUUUAAACAACUUUCACAAAAAUAUCAAAUAUUAUUAAACAAUCAAAUAAUUAGGUACCAAAAUUUAAAACAAAUAUUAUCAAUUGAUACAAAACAAAUAUUAGAAUCAUAUAUUGAAUCAUGUAAUUUAAUUAUAAAGUUAAUUAACAUAUUAAUAACAAAUAAUAACCAAAACAAUCAAAGUGACCAUCAAGAAAAGAGAGAGUUUAAAAACCUAAACAAUUUCCCGUUGUCCAAAUUUACAAAUUUUAUUUUAGAACAAUUAGAAAUAGAAAAUUUUGCUGAUAAAAAUAAUAUAGUAGACUUUUUUAACCAAAUUAUAGAAUCUUUAAUAAGAUUACCAAAUACAAUCCCUUCAAUUUUUUUUAAGUAAAACUAAUUAUAUUAUUAAAUAAAGCACUAAUAAAUUUAUUAAUGAACAAGGAUUAUCAAUAAUUAAUAAUAUAUAUCUUUUUAAUAAUUAAAAAGACAUUAAAAAAAAUAAAAAAUCUUUUUUAGAUUCC